AUGCCCUUGCCGCCAUCAGUAGACAAGGACGGGCGUCAAGAUGUCCUGCAGCUCAAACAGCAACUGGCAGAAGCCCUUGGCGACAAUGGACCCUCCUACUGGCAAGCACUGACCGAUUUUGUCUCUGGAAAGCUCAACCGCCAAGAGUUUGACUUUUACGCGAACCUCUAUCUCUCCCGGAAGAAUGGUACUGCAGCUAUCUCAUUGCGCCUUGCCUUGUUUAUUCUCGCCAACAUUCACAACGCACAGCGGGAUGCACCACCACCGAGCACACGAUCUGAAGGGUGGGCAAAAGGAAAGAAGGGCAAGGACGGGAAACUGUUGAAGGAGAAGGAUCCCAAGAGGCGAAAGAUCAAGAACCAAGUCAUGAGUCUCGGCAAAACUGAGCGGGAAAGAAUCAAAGGCCUCAAGGAUUUGAACAAGAACAGUGGAGUGGUCAAGCAGAAACUCAAGGAACACCGCAUAUCAAAGCCAUUGGCACCACCAAUAGUGCAACAGCCACUACAGGCAGAAUACAAUCGAGGAGCUCAUGCGCCAUUAUGUUUCGACUCGAAGGAGUUGCCAGAUUUCGAGUCAAUGCGGGAUAGGAUGACAGCAGUGGCUAUGGAGAAUGGACUGAUGGCAGGAGUACAGGACUCUGCUGUGGAAUUAAUGCUACAUGCAUUGGAGAGUCAUAUCAAGAGCAUUGUCAGCAACUGCAUUAUCAAAUUGAGGUCGAAUCGUUCUCAUGGGAUUACGGUACCCAAGCGGGACCUUGUUCAGGCAGCAUCAGGCGGUGCAAGCGGAACGGGUCCCGCAGGAGCACAACACGGCGGAUUCUUUGGAGGAGCGGGAGGAGAAUCAUCAUCAGGAGGAGCGUCUUCGUCAUCACAUCUCAUGCAGCUGGACCCAUCGCCUGGCAUGUCGUCUUCAUUAUACCAGGCCUCUUAUGCUAAUAGCGGCCUCAACUCUAAAUGGACAACGACGAUCACAGCCAAGGACCUAGCUUUCGCAAUUGGUAUUUCUCCAAGCAUGCUGGUCGAGAACCCUGUGAACGUUGAAAAGUUGUUGUCAAUUCUUAUGGAGGAGGAGAGCGAAGAGGAAGACGAGGAUGCCGAUAUGAGUGACGAUCAAGACGAAGUCUCCGACUCUAUGAUCGAGCUCUGA